AUGGACACGGCAGCGCUGGAGCUCGUUGAUUUGGAUACGGCUGAGGAGACGGAUUCGUUGGCAGAAAUGGAAGAGGCUGAGAGAGAACGAGAGAGGAGGGGUCCUUCCAGCCCAUUCGGUUCCAGGCUGGCCCAAGUGCGAUCGUUCUCCGUGCGCAGAUCACUGCUCCUGGUCAAAUUGCACGUGCAGCGCCGGCGCAAGCUGGCACUAUCGCUGGCUGUGUUUCUCACAGCCGGCAUAGCAGCUAACGUAUUUUUCAAACUGGAGUUGAACGCCAUGUACAACUAUCCGCUGUACACGUCGCAGCUGAAUCCUGUCAUACUGGCCAUCCUGUUUGGCAUAGGGCUGAACGUGGAGAUUCGCUGUGGGAAGUUUGAUAAGGAGCAGGAUGGUCGCGUGAACUACUUCAAAUGCAUGCUGCUGCUUGUGCUCAUUAGUUUCUUUGACGUCGCGGCCAACGUCACGGAGCUGAAGAGUUCGGACGAGAUGGGCAAGGACGCCGGUCCGCUGUCCAUGCUCCUGGCACAGUGCGUCAUCCCGUUCACGAUGAUCUUCUCUGUUCUGCUGCUGCGUCACCGCUACAACGUGCUGCAGAUCGUCAGUGCCGUCGUGAUCCUCUGUGGCAUACUGGUAGUCGUGCUGCCGGGCUCGCUGGCCACCAAGUCGGUCGUGUGGACCGUGGUGUACUCCGCGUCGCGCCUGCCCACCUCGCUGAACAAGGUCAUCAAGGAGUACCUGUUCGGCCGGCACGCCGUCUCGCUCCUCUUCGUCGGCUUCUGGGAGCAGACGUUCAACGUGGCGAUCGGCGCGCUGUCCAUGCUGGUGUGCUAUCCGCUCAUCCAGGGCACGCCGCUACGCGAGGUACCUACCGUGCUGCUGCGCGGCACCUGGUGCGCCCUGGGCCGCGACAGCAUCGAGGGGGACGACUGCCGGCACGCGCCCUGGCUAAUACCGCUCUUUAACCUGUCGGCCGUGGUGUGGAUGGGCUCGACGCUGGCUGUGGUCAAACACGGCAGUGCCACGGUGGCCUUCCUUGCCAGCGCCAUACUGAUACCACUCAGCGACUUCUUCUUCGCCAGCCGCUCCAUCUUCGGCAAGAACGCCAAGGUGUUCCACUGGUUCGACAUUGUCGGCCUGCUGGUGAUCGUGUCGGGCAUGCUGGCAUACGGUGUGGGGUCCGUACUGCAGGAAAGAAGACGAGAACGAGAGGCAGCAGCGGCGGCCGUGCUAGCAACGGCCGCCGGUGGACUACAGAACAGGCUGGGUCGCGAGAACGAAUUACCUCAUCGUUACGAUAGUGAUGAUGUCAUGGAGGACAGCAGUGAUGAUCGGGAACGUCUUGUCGACUGCACGCAUGCAUAG